AUGGCAAACAGAACAUUCAAUGAAGACAGGUGUCAUGCAAAAACGGUACACGUGUCGAUGGCCAAUGAAACCGACCAUGUAGAAGAUGAGGAUUGCUGGUAUUUAGAUACAGCAUGUUCCAAUCACAUGACGGGAAGAAGGGACUGGCUGUUGGAUCUUGAUCCGAAAGUCAAAAGUAGAGUGCGAUUCGCUGAUAAUAGCGUUAUCAUGGCUGGAGGAGCUGGAAAGAUCUUGAUCAAACAGAAGGAUGGAAGAUCUGCGUAUAUGAACAACGUGCUAUAUGUCCCAAACAUGAAGAGCAAUCUGCUGAGUCUGGGACAACUUCUCGAGAAAGAUUAUAUGAUGAAGAUGCAUCAGAAGCACAUGGAGGUGUUUGACGAAAUGCAACGACUCGUACUCAAAGCCCCACUUGCAAAGAACAGAACGUUUAAGGUAAGGUUGGAUGUUGUUGCUGUGCAAUGUUUAACUGCAAUAGAUUUGAAGGAGGAAGCUUGGUUAUGGCACUAUCGUUUCAGCCAUCUGAACUUUCGAAGUUUGAGCUUGCUGAAAUCCAAGAAUCUUGUGAAAGGGGUUCCAACAAUCCAAAAGCCUGACAGGGUAUGUGAAGGAUGUGUUGUUGGAAAGCAAACCAGAACCGAAUUCAAGAAAACCACAUUCAAGAGAGCCAAACAACCUCUUGUUGUUGUCUACUCAGAUGUGUGUUGA